AUGCCCAGGCAAAGAGCUCCAAAAACGAGACCUCAAUAUCUGCACGAGUUCCGGGGCUCUGCUUUUGAUCGGAACUUCGAUUAUAGACAGGCAGAACACACCUUGCUAUCUGAUGCAUCUGGUGUAUUCCCACCGAGUCGAUCCAGCUCACUUGAAGUUCACGCAUCAUCCACAUGCCAACUAGGAUGCCAAUCGCCUGAAGUUCAAUAUGACAUUAUUGGUCUUCCUGAUAUCCCCAUCUAUGAGCCCGCUGGAAAUUCACGCCUACCUGGUCCAGAUAUACCUACGCCUUUAUCUCAUGAAGGAUGGGUUUUCUUGCACAAUCAGACGUACCCACGGGAUUCUGACAACGACACUAGAGCAAGCCGGUGGUUCUUGGUUCCUCCCAUAUUAUCUGCCUCUCAGGCUGUGAGCCCGCCUCGCUUCAAUGCCAAUAUUUCCUCUCUUUGUUCGGAACGUUCUUUCACGAGCGGGCACAGUUCACGUGUUCACGAUCAUAUUCCGGUUUACAAUUUGGAUUCGCCUUUCUCAUCGCCAUCUAUACCACCCUACGAGGCUCAGGGACUACCUGCAUAUAGCAGUUUGAAUGCUGAAAGCCAAUUAGCUCUCAGUUCAAUGCCCCCUCUCGAAAACUUUUCGAGUGACGGAACACAACUACCACAGCUUCUGUCUCUAAUAUAUCCUCCAUGCUGGCUUAGUGAGGAAGGCUUACUUAUAGUUCCUAGCGUGCCUAGGGUUCCUAUUGACAAUGACGAAACCCCAACCAAAGCAAAUAAUAACCGAAACACACCUCAAGCGGCAUCAUCACAAAGUAAAAGUGAAAGAUCAAGUGUUCGGGGCGUUAUACUAGACGACGAUACUGUUAUUUUAAGUCCUCACGUUACUCAACACCGGAAGGGAAGGUGCCCGAAGAGGCAAAGAUGCCCUAGCUACAACGACUCUGAUAUUAUUCCUUGAUCAGGACUUCUGGUAUUCCCCCGUUAUGGUUCUCAAAUAUGUAUUUUUAUCACCACUUUGUUUGUUGUCACAGAGACUUAUUAUACAUGUUUAAAUACGCAUCCUCAAGGAUGC